UAACUGCCAAUAACAGAUGGUUGUUUGCUAAGCAUAAACCACAGCAUCCCUUUCUUUGUCUUUCACUCUUUGAUUUGAUGAGAUGAGAUGAGGCAAAGGUGCAUUCCCUCAGCCCCGGAGCUUGUUCCAAUUCCGGGCCUCCCUUCCUGAAGCCAUGCCUUCGUCAUACCCUCGCUCUCCACCUCGCACACCCUCCUUCCUUAUCCUCUCAUGCCUCUUCCUCUCUCUCAUCGCUUUCUUCGCUUUUCUCAGACCCCUCCCACACCCUCUCUGCCCCAACCGCACCCCCACAUCGGUUCGAGUCCUCUGGGACCACCGCCCCUCCGCCCACCGCAACCCUCACGCCCUUAACAGACACAAAGUUAUGGCCUUUGUUGGUAUUCAAACCGGCUUCGGGUCCCUCGCUAGGCGCCAAUCUCUCAGGAACACUUGGUUUCCUUCCGAUCCGCAUGCACUCCAAGGCUUGGAAGAAGCCACUGGGUUGGCUUUUAGGUUUGUGAUCGGGAGAACGAGUCAUAGAUCAAAGAUGUCCGCACUUCAGAAGGAAGUGGCACAAUAUGAUGAUUUCAUUCAACUGGAUAUCGAAGAGGAGUACAGUAAGCUCCCAUACAAAACGUUGGCUUUCUUCAAAGCUGCUUAUGCACUUUUUGAAGCUGACUUUUAUGUCAAAGCUGAUGAUGACAUAUAUUUAAGGCCAGACCGUCUUUCAUUACUGCUGGCAAAAGAGAGAUCUCACCCUCAGACUUACUUAGGAUGCAUGAAAAAGGGCCCUGUUUUCACUGAUCCCAAACUCAAAUGGUAUGAGCCACUUUCUAAUUUGCUUGGAAAGGAAUAUUUUCUUCAUGCUUAUGGUCCUAUAUACGCUCUUUCUGCUGAUGUUGUAUCGAGCUUAGUAGCACUUAAGAAUAACAGUUUCCGGAUGUUCAGCAAUGAGGAUGUUACAAUUGGAGCUUGGAUGCUUGCAAUGAAUGUCAACUAUGAGAAUAACCAUGAACUUUGUGCUAAACAGUGUACGUCCACAUCAAUUGCUGUGUGGGAUAUUCCAAAAUGUUCAGGUCUCUGUAAUCCAGAAAAGAGAAUGUUGGAACUCCAUCAAAUGGAAAGUUGUACUCAGAGUCCAACUGUGGAAUCUGAUGAAUAGUAUUUGUCUGUAUAUUUAUGAAGCGAAGUAAGCUAUGAAGGUGAAUUGCCAUCAGCAGCUACCACCAUUGCAAUUCUUUUCCAGCCAUUCAUCUUUCUCUUUCUGAUUCAUAUUUCUUCAUGUCUGAAGAAUCUUUCAUGUAUUUUCUUUUAUUUUGCUUUUUCUUUUUUCAGUCAAGUUUUCCCUUAUAUUCUCUUCCUUUUUUCUUCAUACUUUUGCGAGGAAGGCUUUGUAGUUUGUAUGAGAGCACAAGAAAAUAGAUAGACUUUACGGAUGAUGAUAACAUUUAGCACCACUAGUUUCCCAAUUUUAAACUCAUUCUUUUUAAGAUUAUAUGCAGCAGUAAAUUGUGUCAUUAUUUUGAAGAAA